GCCAUGAGCUUCAGACUCGUUAUGGCGUCGCACCGAAUCAGAAUGAGAUUUUUCAGCUGCAGCAUGUAUUGGAAUUUACCAGUCGGGUACCACGACGUUUUUUGUGGGUUAUUGUAGUAAAUUAUAUCCAUGAAAAUGGAGGAAGAGGAUACCACAACUGCGGUCACGGUCAGCAUCGACAUGGACCUUAAAAAAGGAGGUAGUGUCGAAUAUAACGGGGCUUGUACGGUGGUCCAAGCAGGAUUUAAUCUGGCUGCAGAUCGUGGCGACCGCAACGGUCCUGGAAACCGUAUCGGAACGGGGAUCCGCGUUCUAAAGAGGAACAUGAAGAGGAAUGGGAGCCGGGGCUGUGUCACCAGGAAGACCCGCUUUGGGUCUCGCGAGCGGGACUGGCUGAAGGGGGACGCCCAGCGAGGCUGCGUUUGUCUGUACGGGGGCACAGUGGAGCCCCAACCUCCUUCCUCCGGCCCCCAGACCUCGUCCACCCCCCAGGCAGACCUCCGGCUGGUGCUGUGCUCCACCAGCACCACGGUGGAGGAGCUGUGCGCCCAGAGGGACGGCGAGGGACUCUACCUCCAGCUGCACGGUGACCUGAUCAGGAGGCUGGACCCCGCUGAGCGCCCUCUCCACAUGGUGUACGACUACCUGACCGCCCUGGGCUACAAAGAGCCGCUCCGGGUGCAGAGAGAGGCGGCCCACUCGGACCUCAGCUGCAUGAUCCGCUUCUACUCUGAGAGGCCGGGGAACCCGGACCAGCAGGAGAGGACUCUGCUGAAGGGCGUGUUCAGCGUGAGGAAGGGCAAGACCCAGCUGCACAAGUGGGCGGAGCGCCAGGUCAUCCUGUGCGGCACCUGUCUGAUCGUGGCCUCCGUCAAGGACAGCCUGACGGGGAAGAUGCACAUCCUGCCGCUGGUGGGGGGGAAGGUGGAGGAGGUGAAGAGAAGACUUCACUGUCUGAUGUUCAGCUCAGCAGGACCGCAAGCCCAGACCUACUUUGUUAACUUCGACACACUGGUAGACUAUCAGCGGUGGCAUCGACAGGCCUCAAAAGUGGUGUCUCAGACAGUCAGCCUGGUGGACCUCUCAUGCUACAGUCUGGAGGCAGUGCCUGAGUACCUUUUCUACAGUCAGGACAUCACACACCUCAACCUGAGACACAACUUCAUGAACCUGCUGGGGCCUGGAGGUCUACUCACUCUCUGCAGAUUCUCCCAGCUGAAGAGUCUCAACCUGUCCCACAAUCGCUUGGGCGUGUUCCCCGAGUCUGUCUGUGAGAUCCUGACUCUGACUGAGCUCAGCCUCUCCUGCAACGGCCUGCACACUGUCCCCCAACAGAUAGGCAACCUCCAGAGCCUACAGACCCUCUCCCUGGAUGGAAAUCACUUGAGCUCCUUGCCCGAGGAGCUGGGCAGCCUAUCUCAGCUCAGCAGCCUGGGGCUUUCCUUCAACAACUUCCCCCACAUCCCCAGUGUGCUGGAGAGGCUGAGUGCUGUUGACAAGCUGGCCAUGGCUGGGAACAGGGUGGAGAGCCUGGAGUUGGAGACCCUGGCCAGGAUGAGCCACUUGAGGAAUAUUGACUUGCGGCUGAACGGUCUGCGCUGUGUCCGGAGCGAGACUCUGGAGGCGGUGAAGCAGGUGACCCAGCUGGACCUGAGGGACAACCGCCUGGCCUGCCUGGACCUGAGCUCGGCCUGCAGCCUGGAGACCCUGCACUGCCAGCGCAACCAGCUGGGGGCGCUCACCCUCAGUGGCUUCACCCUGCGGGCCCUCCACGCCAGCAGCAACCGCCUGACCACCAUCAACAUCUACCCAGUCCCCAACCAGCUGACACACAUGGACCUAUCACGGAACCUGAUGGAGUAUCUACCAGACUGGGUUUGUGACAGCAGGAAGAUUGAGGUGCUGGACGUCACACACAACCUUCUGUCUGAGCUGCCAGCCAGAUUGCUCAGCAGCCUUAGUCUGAGGAAGCUGCUGGCUGGGAACAAUCGUUUGCAGCGGCUGCCCGACCUACUUGACCACAUCCCGCUGGAAGCACUCGACCUCCAGCACAACAAGCUAGGCCAACUCCCAGAGAGCCUCUUCUACAAGGCCUUAAACUUGAAGUACCUGAACGUGUCAGCCAAUGCCCUUGAGACUAUCCCCCCCAGCAGCCAAUCAGAAGAAAGCCUGAGCACGCUCCAGGAACUGUACUUGACGGGGAACAACCUGAAUGAGAACUGCGCCGCCCUGCUGGUUGGACAUCAGAACCUCAGAGUCCUGCACAUGGCCUAUAACCAACUCCUAUCCUUUCCAGCCAGUAAGCUGGCUAAACUGGAGCUGGUGGAAGAGCUGAAUCUCAGUGGCAACAAGCUGAAGACCAUCCCCUCCACAGUGUCCAGCUGCAAGAGACUCCACACCCUCAUAGCACACUCCAACCUCAUCAGCGUCUUCCCAGAAAUCCUCAACCUGCCCGAGAUCAAGCUGGUGGACCUGAGCUGUAACGAGUUGACAGAGAUCCAGCUCCCUGACUCUCUGCCGGCCACGCUGCACGAACUGGACCUGGCCGGUAACAGCAGCUUAAUGCUGGAGCAUAAAACCCUCAACCUGUUCAGCCACAUCACCACCUUGAAGCUGGACCAGAAGCCAGCCAUGGCAGCAGGAGACUCCGCAGGCAGCUCGACCCUCUGGAACCAUGGCUACUCCGAGAUGAGCGGCCAGAGAAACAAGUUGUGUGUGUCCGUGCUGGCCGUGGACCGCUUUGGAGACAGCGCGGAGGCGGCCUACGGCAUCUUCGAUGGCGACCGCAACGAGGAAGUCCCUCGGCUGCUGCAGUGCACCAUGGGAGAUGUGCUCUCUGAGGAACUGCAGCACUCCAGCAUGGACAGUGUAUACAUGAGCAACACUUUUCUCACCUCGCACAGGAAGCUGGGCAUGGCGGGGCAGAAACUGGGCGCGUCUGCCCUGCUGUGUUACAUCCACCACGAGCCUUCCGAGCUGGUCAGCUACUUCAGCCUGACGGUAGCUAACGUGGGCAGCUGCCAGGCGGUGCUAUGCAGGGACGGACACCCCCUGGUCCUGUCCAAGGUGUUCAGCCUGGAGCAGAGCACCGAGGAGAUGGACAGAGUCAAACUAAGCAAGGCCAUCAUCACCGAGGACAACAAAGUGAGCGGGGUGACGUGCUGCUCUCGCCUCCUGGGCUGCUCCUAUCUGUCUCCCUGGGUGAUUCCCAAGCCCUGGGUUCGCACCGAGCCCCUCUACUCCCAGGACGAGUUCCUCAUCCUGGGCAACAGAGCCCUGUUUGAGAGGGUGUCCUACCAGGAAGCCGUGUGCACCGUGCAAGCCGUGAGGGAUCCGCGCGCCGCGGCCAGGAAGCUGUGCACCCUGGCCCAGAGCUACGGCGGCAAGGACAACGUGGGGGCCGUGGUGGUGUCCCUGCACAUAGGCGAGGACAGCUGCACCUGCGAGCCCCCGCUCGCCCCCGCCGAGCCCCGCGCUCCUCCCCCGGCCCCCCUCCCCGCUUCCGUCACACCCGGGGACCCGGCCACGCCCUCCUCCAGCAGCGGCAUCGCCUCCGAGUUCAACAGCGAGACGUCGGCCUCCGAGGUGGGGAGCGAGGCCGGAUCCACGGCCUCGGACGAGCAACCCUCGUCCGGCCUGACCUCCCGGCCCGAGAGGCGCUGCAGCCUCCACCCUGCAGCCUCGCUGUGUGGCCCCAUGGUGCCAGGGACAGCCCAGGGGCCCCCCCACCCUGUCCUGUUCCAGCGACAGCCCUCCUGCGCCACCUUCUCCAGUUACCAGUCGGACAACGGGCUGGACAGUGACGACGAGGCGCCACUAGAGGGAGUCAUCUCCAAUGGGAGCAAGUUGGAGGUGGAGGUGGACAUCCACUGCUGUGCUUUCCAGCUCCGCUCCGGGGCCCCCGAGAGCCCCAAGGACAUGGUCCUCGACAAGCGGGGCUCCGACUAUCCCAACGGGAAGAUGCGCAGACAGAACAGCGUGGUGGUGUCGGCCACCAACGGCUGUCUGCUGGCCGUGUGCGGCAGGGAGAUCGCCGACCUCAAAAAGUCCCCCUCCACCUCCAGCCUGUUCGGCAAGAAGCUAUCCAACGGCUCCGUGGUGGCCCCCGAGGACAGCCACAACCUCAUCGAGGUGGCCCUGGAGGCACCGAAGAAGAAGUCGGGUUACUUCACUGCCCCGGCCCAACAGGACCCCGAGGACCAGUUGGUAGUGCCUCCCAGUCUGGAGCAAGACGUCAGGGAACAGCUGAAAGGUCAAAGCCCUGUGAUCCCUGGACCCCCACCACCUUCUACUCCGCCCUCCAACCGAGACCUCAUAUGGGACGACCCACACCCUCCCGCCCCCCCGCUGUCUCAGCGAGACCUCGCGCCCGUCCCCACCCCUGACCCCGUCCUGCAACAGGAGGUCUAUGACACUGCCCUCUAGGGGGAGGCAAGGCUGGAGCAGUGCCAUCUGCUGGCGGCCAGGUGACAGUGCCAUACCGGGAGGGCAGAGAAGGUCUCACUGGCACCUGCCUGCAGGAUAUUCCAGUUUAAGCUUCCGUUUCCAAUUCGUCACGCAGACGUGUGAUGGACCUGCGGGGGUCCUUGACUGCUCACACACUGGUGUCUCCUCGUCAGGGGUGGGAGGUGCUGGGCUGGUUGGUGAGCCUGGUCUGCCUAAGAAGAGGAUUGGGCUUCCUGAAGUCCCGACUCCUAAAACGAGGCCGUGAGGUGAGGAAGAUCAAAAAGGAAA